UGUAUGUAAAGGGAUGUGAGAUUUCUAAAACCUUUUUUUUAGAAAUUUUUUGAUACAAAAAGAAUUAUGGAAAAUUGGAAACGGCUACGAUCAAAUACAUGUGAAUCAUCAUCAUUGACCACUCGAAGAAACCGUACUCUUUGCCGUAUCUGAUUACACAAUGGUCAAAGUGGCGCCAUUUUUUCUUUUCACCAAAUCAUAAUACACCUUUUUCUCAAAAAAAAAUCCAUGUUUUGGCGGGUGGCUUCUUCUGAUAAUAGAGAGUGAAUAAAAGGGCAUUUUCGUCAUUUAAGAACCAAAAUCCUAGGGUUUAAUUCCGAACCAAUUUAUAAUCGUGUUUGGUUUUAUUGAUCAUUGUGUCUGUCGGUUCGAUUCUUUCAAAAAUCAAAACCUCUCUCUCUCUGUGACACUCUUCUUCACUCUCUUCUCUGCAUGUUUUUGCGAAGAAACGUGAUCUUCUCAAAACCCUAGUAACCAGAUUGAUUCUGAUACUCUCCUUGAUCUCUGUUUCCAAACCCUAGCUUUCCCGAUUGCGGCGCCGACUCUGAUCAAAUCCUUAAAUAUAUCCAUUUCAAUUGACGAUCUCGGAAGUAAAGAAUGCUAGAUCACAGUGAGAAGGUUUUGGUUGAUUCAGAAACCAUGAAAACAAGAGCUCAAGAUAAGAAGACUUGUGCUGAUUGUGGUACAAGCAAAACCCCUCUUUGGCGUGGUGGUCCUGCUGGUCCUAAGUCGUUGUGUAACGCGUGUGGGAUCAGAAACAGGAAGAAGAGAAGAGGAACAGAGGAUAAUAAGAAAUUAAAGAAAUCAAGUUCAGGCGGCGGAAACCCUAAAUUGGGUGAAUCGUUAAAACAGAGGUUGAUGGAUUUUGGGAUAACGAAGAGAUCAACGGUGGAGAAGCAACGACGGAAGCUUGGUGAAGAAGAACAAGCCGCUGUUUUACUCAUGGCUCUUUCUUAUGGCUCUGUUUACGCUUAGUGGGUUUUUUUUCUGGAUCUCACCAUGGUUAGGGUUUUCUUGAAUUUGGAGAGCAAUGAUGAUGAUGAUGAUGAUGACUAACAAAAUGAAAUGUGAAAAUUUUCACUUUUUUUGUUAGAAAUUGUUUGGUUUUUUUGUGUUUUUUUUUUACUUUAAAAAAUUUUGGGUAUCUCGAUGAUGUGAUUUGGUGGUAAUCAAAAAAAGUUUUGGAAAUUGUAGGAAGAUGAACGAAGAAAAACAUGUUCGGUGGUAGUUUAUUAGUAGUUUUUUAUUUAUUUC